AUGGAGAAGAUCAACUCAGAAGUGAGGAAAGGUGCCUGGACCCAAGAGGAGGACAAUCUUCUCAGAACUUGCGUUCAAAAGUAUGGCGAGGGAAAGUGGAAUCUGGUUCCUCAAAGAGCUGGUUUGAAGAGAUGCAGGAAAAGUUGUAGAAUAAGGUGGUUGAAUUACCUGAAACCCAACAUCAACAGAGGAAACUUCACGGAAGACGAGGUUGAUAUAAUUGAAAGGUUCCAUAAGCUUCUCGGCAACAGAUGGUCUUUGAUAGCCGGGAGGCUACCGGGAAGAACAGCGAAUGACGUGAAGAACUUCUGGCACACCAAAAUGCGCAGUAAGAGAGAAGAAAAUCAGAGGAAGAAAGCAAAAGAUCAGGUGAAGAUGGCAGAGGAGAAAACGAAAGUAACACGGCACGUAGUAAUAAAACCUCGACCUCAUACUUUCUCUGAGAAUUCGCCAUGGCUGAGGAAGAAUAAGAAUAAACUUGUUUCUGCAUGUGAAAGUGGUGAUACCAAUAAGGCUUCUGCCAGUUCUGCACGGCCAUGCCCUCCUGCCGAUUCUAGUAAGAGCGCCGAGUCAGACGAGUGGUGGGAGAGUUUACUGAACAAGGAAGGAGAUGAGGGGCAAGAGGGGAAUUCUAUGAUGGAGUUUUUUGACCCAGACUUUCUCAAGAUGGAGGGUCUCCACAGUUGGUGGGGUCACUGUAUAUGAAAUUCUAACCAUUGUGAUCCUCCGGUUCCCUUGUUUAGCCCUUAAGGUUUAUUGACUUCUCCAUGAUCGUCAAGUAGAGAUCCAUGCUCAUACCAUCCA